AUCAACCGGGACUUACAUCGUUACCCUGGCAACAGCAUACAAGGCCGUGGUGGGGCGGUGAGAGGCAUCGGUGGGAAACGAGAGGAGCCAAAGGGCCCAGUCUGCUGACAGAGGGUUAAAAAUUCAACGCUCACUGUCUUCGAAACGCCCCGCUCUUCAUGUACACUCGGCGGCUGCAGUGUUCGGGUAGGCGCCGCUCUUUAGCAGCUUAGCUCUUCAAGCUAAUCGGACCCGCUGGAUGCGAAGUGCACGCGCUGCGUUUGUCACGGCGCGAUCACCGGCGCUUCUUGCCCACAGCCGGCAUGGAAGUUAGCUGACGUCGGGCCUGGCUUGGUCCGGCCUAGUCUCCGGGGUCCCGGGAACGGCUCGUAGCUGAACCCCGGGCGAAGGCUCCACCCCAGAGUCCGGAGAUGAGACGGGGAGCGUCCUGAUCCACGGAGGCGCGUGCUAACCAACCAGCUUGUGUUGACUGUGUGUAGGAUGGAUGUGUGCGGCAGGAAUCCAAACCGCACAGCCCCCGUCAAUGAGGACACUCCACGGCAAGCUGAUGUUCCUCUUUGUUCCCGGACCAACGGCUGGACCUGGCCUCCACAUCCCUUCCAGCUGUUGGCCUGGCUGCUCUACCUUUACUUUGCCAUCACCGGCUUUGGCGUGUUUGUACCUCUGCUACCCACACACUGGAUUCCUGCAGGCUAUAUUUGUACCGGCAUCGUGUUUGCAGUCCACCUUUGUGUCCAUGUCAUGGCUGUGUCUGUUGACCCAGCUGACUACAACGUGAGGAUGAAGAGCAGUCGAGGUCCGGUCCCUGCGUUUGACCGCUCCAAGCAUGCGCACGUCAUUGAGAACUGUCAUUGCUACCUCUGCCAGGUCGACGUGGGCCCAAAGUCAAAGCACUGCAGUUCUUGUAACAAGUGUGUGGCAAAUUUUGACCAUCACUGUCGCUGGCUUAACAACUGUGUGGGCAGCAGGAACUACAGGUUGUUUCUCCACAGCGUGGUCUCUGCUCUGUUGGGAGUUUGCCUUGUUCUGGUUUUUGCCUCCUAUGUGUUCAUUGAGUUCUUUCUGGAUCCAUCCAAGCUCCGCACAGACAAGCACUUCCUAGUGAGAAAUGAGACUGGUGUGUGGUUCGUCUUCCUGCCUGUGGCGCCCCUCAGGUCAGCAGCAGCCGUCAUUCCUGGUCUGGCGGCUGUCACGGUCUCUCUGGCUCUGCUGUCUUUUGUGCUGCUCUGCCAUCUACUCUUCUUCCACAUCUACUUAAGUAAGAGAUACUGAUACAUCUAGUUUGCUGCAGUCCUGAGUUUGUCUUAGUUUGGGUUUGUGAAACAAAACCUGACACUCUUGGUCCAAACCAUACUGAAAUUUUCUUGGAUCAUCUCUAUUCAGGUCUUGUUCCUGAUGUUAAUAGAGUUUUUGCUGAACCUCACUUACCACAAAUGUCAUUGUGUGAAAUAACGUGAACUUCCCAUGUGGCCCACGUAUUACAAACUGGUUCCUCAGUCAUCCUAAAAUGCUGAAGGUGUUCCUGCCAACGUACACAACCCUAUAGAGGAGUUUGUUUCAGCUUGGUGGUUGAAAGUCUUUUAAGUUUCAGGGACAGGACCAAAGAACUAUCUUCCAAGCAAUGGAUGCUGCUUUGGAAGACAUCACAGCAAAAUGAUUGGUUGCAUUGCAAGGAAGGACAUUUGGUGUGAGGUUGAUGAGAAUUUGUGGCCAGACAGACAGCAGUAGAAGAGGCAUAAGUGGAGGAAAACUCUGAGUUACUUUUAUUUACCAAAUUUACCAGAACAUUGUUUUGGCAAAAACACAACGCUUUGGGAGUGUAAUUUCUGUUUCAAGAAAUGAGCCAAAGUGACUGCAAUGUCACCUGUUUAAACUUGUCAUCUGUAUAGAGACACCCUUUCAAAACCUUGAACAAUCAGACUGCAAUUUCUCCACCAUGACCAAAACCAAAGAACUGUCAAAGGACACCAGGAACAAGAUCGUUGACUGGAAGAAACCAAUUUACAAUAAGCAAACAGCUUGAAAAAAAUAUAUAAAGUGUUGGGGUAAUUAUUAGAAAAUCCAAGAAAUACAAUCCCCCUCCACGGAGAGCUCCCUGAAAUAUCUCACCUACUGGAGAUGAAAUGAUCUGGACAACAGUGAGGAAAUAUCCCAGAACUACACAGAGGAACUGGUCAAUGGUUUUAAGAGAACUGGGUCCACAGUAGGAAACGUUACAAUGGUAACACACGAUGUUGUCAUGGAAACAAAUCAUGUAGAGCUCCAAAGAUCCAACAGUUAUGCACAUGUCAGACCCAUUUAAGGUUCUCCAGAAAUUAUCAGGAUGACCCAGAGGAGGAUUUGGGGAAUGUCAUGUAAUCGGAUCAAACCAAAACUCUUUGAUAGAACACAAUAACCGCCGUGAAGCCUGAGGAAGAAGCAUCACACUUUUCUGCAACCCCAAAGCAGGUUUGAGAAGGUCUGCAUGGAAAAUCCAUCCAUCCAUCCACAUACAUCAGGGAGCGGGUCGCUGGGGCAGCAGUCUAAGCAAAGAUACCCUGCUUUACACUCAGGAGUGGGGAAUUAAACCAUGAAAUGGAGCUGUGACUGCAGCUCACUGUUGGAAAUGCAGUCAACAAAUUUCAAACUCCCAGGUGUGGGACAACAAAUGGUCAAAGUCACAGAAAACUCUUUAUUGGCCUUAAUGACAUCCACUAAGUUAUUUAUUUAU